AGCACUUCGAUAUCAUCAUUGGAACAAAUACCAGCACCCCCAGCCUACGAAACAGUCAUAGAUUCCAACAUGCCAACAUCGAGCGCAUCAAGUCCGUAUAUCCAUUUUGAAGGAGAAGAAGAAGACAGGGAAGUGGACAAUGACACGCCUGAGGUUGUCAUCAACGCCGCGACACAAAUCCGCGGGCAUGGAAACAUCAUAUCCAUUGCGCAAAUGGACAGUGUACGGAUAGCAAACCUCAUCACAAGCUUGCUCAACUGUGGAGAUAAAAUACCAGUUGACGACGCCACACGACCUCUUACGCCUCCAAGCCCAGUGCCACUAGCAACAGCGCAGGCGCAGCGGACAACAAGAACGCAAGUCAGGGGGGUGCACAAGUACCCCAACAUCAACAUCACGGUCAAUUGCGGUGCGACGGUACUAGGAGACCGGAACAUUGUAGGGCCAGGACUGGGCGACAUUGCAAGACAGAUGCAGAUGGCGCAGCGAAACCAGGCGGCGGCGCUACAGGCUCAUCAACAACUGCAACAAAGACAAGCAGCAGCGGCAGCGGGAGCGGCAACGGCGGCAGCAGCUGUUGCUGCUGAGGAGCAAAAGAUGGCAUCACCACCAAUGCAGCGAGGCAGUAGUGUGUAUCAGACUACUACCUCGCCGUUGCAAUACUGUAGGCAAGUGCCCUUGUCGAAUGGCGUUGCAACGCCGCCGAUGAGUCGAAGCUCAAGCCUGCAUAGCGAUGGCGAGAGCCGGAAAAGGAAGGGACCAGAUUUUUGCGAGGCAGCUGAGGCGAAGAGGCGGUGUUGAUUUUCUUUCGAGAAGAAGACUGAAAGGCAUAUUUUCUUUCCGAGACAUUUUUUUCUCUCGACAGCGUUGUUUUUUUCUUCUCCUCUCCUCUUAUCUACUGGCAUGGAAAAAACGAAACUAAGUGGGAGCGGCGUUGUACAUAUGUGGGCUCCAGGUGGGGAUGGAUUGGGUGUACAUAGUGAAAGGCAGUGGCCAUGUCAUACAAUGAUAACGAAUUUGUUUGUUUUAUGUGGUUGUUUGUUGGGCGCAAGAAAAGUAGGCGUAUGUG